GAAAAUUGAGGUGAGAUAACAGAUGAGAAUCGUGAGGAAGUGACCGUUUUGUUAGCUUUGGUGCCUUCGCGACUCCUAGACUGAGACACUCUGCACACAUUCACCUCAGUUGUUCUUAAAUCUUACCAAAGAAAACCACAAUUGAAGGAUUUUGAUCAAACUCAGUCUUCAUUCUCUGUAUUUCUUUUCGAAGUAAUCGGAGUCCUAAUUCAUCUGCCACUCUCCUUCAAUGGCUUCGAAAUUGAUAUCUCACUCCAAUGUUUCCAGGUAUUCCUCUUCCUGCUACCCUUCGCCAGUCGCUACGGCUUCCGCAUCGCACUUUGGACUCAAAACCGGCAACAAAUUACCCUUCUUUGGGGUUACUCCGUCAAGGAUGCAGUUCGACCAAACCAUGGCACGAGUAGUGUCUAGAAGGUUGUUCCUUCCUUCGCUGUCAGGGAUCUGGAAUGCUUUGACUGGUGGCAACGCAGCUUAUGAGGCCGUGCUUGCGAUCCGACGAGGAAUGCAGCUCUUCAGACAGGGUGAUGUUCCCGGGUCGUUAAUCGAGUUUGAUAGCGCAAUUGAAUUGGAUCCUCGACAAAAGGCAUAUCUUUGGCAGAGAGGACUGACCUUGUAUUAUCUGGAUAGGUUUGAAGAAGGGGCAGAGCAGUUUCGGUUAGAUGUUGCACAAAAUCCAAAUGACACAGAGGAGUCAAUUUGGUGUUUCCUGUGUGAAGCUCAACUAUAUGGAGUGGAUGAAGCAAGGAGUCGAUUCCUGGAGGUUGGCCAAGAUCCACGGCCUGUCAUGCGUGAGGCAUAUAACUUAUUCAAAGAUGGCAAUGAUCCGGAAAAGCUUGUUUCUGCCUUUUUGGUUGCACAGGAGCAUGAGUAUUUCUAUGCUUCUUUAUAUGCUGGGCUCUAUUACGAAUCUCAGAAGAAUUCAAACGCGGCAAAACGUCAUCUGCUUGCAGCAUGUCAGUCACCUUAUGGGCUAAGGUUAGAAUUCAAGAAUCUUUCCAAUUUUCUUGGUCUGAUGAUUAUAUGGCUUCCCUUGCCAAGGUUCACUGUCUCUGUCGAAAUUGGAGCCCCAAUUGACCAAAACAUUCAGUGCUGCACAAACUGCCAUGAUGUUGAUCCUUACCACAGAUUGCAGUUACCUGACUGUGGAUAUGAUUACGUCAAAUACUAGUUUACAUGUUCAAUCAAGUGUAUAAUUUCUGAAAAUCGUAUAUGAAUGUAUUAUAUCUGUUUUUUGUUCUAUCUAACAAUGUAGUAUCUUCAUACAUUCUUUACACUGACUUUUCAAGUGAUAGAACAGUGGGAAUGUUCAUGCAAGCAUGAGAAAAAUGGAGAAGAAAGCUGUAUGACUAUUGAUUCC